AGAUGCGUGUGGCUCACACAAUCUUUCUGCCUCCUACUGAGAACUCUUCCUGUCACUUCCAUUCUUCUGAGGAAACACUGUCUUGCAAGCCCUGCAUAAUGUGCAACAAGUUUGUGGGAAGCUGGAAACUUGUCUCUAGUGAAAACUUUGAUGACUACAUGAAAGAACUGGGGGUGGGGUUGGCCACCAGAAAACUUGGCAGCUUGGCCAAACCCAAAGUCAUCAUCAGCAUGAAGGGUGAUGAAGUAACAAUCAGAACUGAAAGCACCUUCAAAAAUACACAGAUCACUUUCAAGUUGGGGCAGGAAUUUCAAGAAACCACUGCAGAUGACAGGAAAACAAAGACUGUUGUAACCUUAGAAAAAGGUGCAUUGGUUCAAAUGCAGAAGUGGAAUGGCAAAGAAUCAACAAUAAGGAGGAAACUAGUUGAUGGGAAAAUGGUGGUGGAAUGCACCAUGAAAGGUGUCACCUGUACAAGAGUCUAUGAGAAGAUGUGAGGAAUCUCCAAGCCCCUACUCAACUGAAUCUAGUUUGUCCAAUCCACAUUAUUUCUGUGGGGAAGCGGUGGAGCUAAACAUCAUGCCAUUUCCCCCCUCAAUUCAUUUUACUAUAGAGCAACUAAGCUGUAAACAUAGAUUUAGAAACGGCUAUGUAAGCAAAUGUGGAAGUAUUUGUGAUUCAAUAAAUGCUUACCGCUAUCCGA